AUGAGCCGGUCGACGUGCUGCUCAGUCUGCAUUCGUCAUGGUGCGUCAUCGCGCGGCGGAAACACCCUGCAGAGCUUAAUCGCGAUUCACGUUCUGUCAGGAGACAGCUGUAAACCGCGAGCCCGCCUCGUAAAGGGUCGCGCCCGGCCGCCCCGGCGCCUGGCAGCCUCUCGCUUACAGCCAGGGGCUUUGGGCUCUCUCUCUGGUCCCAGGCCCGGGACCCGCCUACUGCGCCGCGCCGGCAGGACUGGGGGCGACAGGUGGGGCCAUGCGUGGUCUCCAUGUGCUCCUUCCUUCCUUUGCGCAGUGAACGAGCUCCAGGCUCGGACCUUCGGCGUCUGGACUCUGCUGUCGUCAGUGAUCCGCUGCCUUUGCGCCAUUGACAUCCGCAACAGGACCCUUUAUCACAUCACGCUCUUUACCUUCUUUUUGGCCCUUGCUCACUUCCUCUCCGAAGUCUUCAUUUACCACACUGCAGCCUUGACAAUUGGAGUUAUGGCACCUCUCAUGGUAGCAAGUUUCUCUAUUAUGGGGAUGCUGAUUGGGCUGCAGUACCUGGAGGUAGAAGCACUAUCACAAAACAAGAAGAAAAACUGAAGAUGAGGGCUCUGUAUAGGUCAGCGUCAUCCCCGGUCUUCACUGCCAGACUUCCACUAAAGCUCAGCUGAACUUCUCCAGGACACCAGUCCCAGUGGUGGAUCAGUGCUGGACUCUGUCAAUCACUGUUCAUUACCAAGUCUUUUUUUCUUGUCCAGGCAACAUUUUAACUGACUGAUGUCAAAGACCCAGAGGAGUUUGUGUCAAGCUUGUGGGGGGCAUUUGAUGACUGACUCCCCGGAUAGCAGGCAAAGUCUCAGGCAUGCCCAGUGCACUAAGGACUUCUCUCCCAGUGUAACUGUAGGGAGAAGGUGCAGGGCUAUCCAGGAUUCACUGAACACUUUGGACCAGAAAGAGAGAAUAGGUGCUACCCCUGGCACUGCCGUGUAACUUGCAUGUAUGUGUUCAUCAGGGGCCAUUUCUAAUAAAUGACAGAAAACUGCA